UCACAUGUAUACAUCCGGUAAUAUAUCUAUCUCAUUGUUCUAUCUGUGGUUACAGCUAAACCCCGCAAUAAAGACAAGAUGGCAGGACUGCCCCGCAGGAUUAUUAAGGAGACUCAGCGCUUGAUGGCUGAGCCUGUCCCAGGCAUUAAGGCGGAGCCUGACGAAGGGAACGCCCGCUACUUCCAUGUGGUCAUCGCCGGGCCCCAGGACUCACCCUUCGAAGGUGGCACGUUUAAACUUGAACUCUUUCUCCCUGAGGAAUACCCCAUGGCAGCUCCAAAAGUACGCUUUAUGACCAAAAUAUACCACCCCAACGUAGACAAGCUGGGAAGAAUAUGUCUAGACAUCUUGAAAGAUAAAUGGUCUCCAGCCUUGCAGAUCCGUACUGUCCUGCUAUCAAUCCAGGCAUUACUAAGUGCUCCCAACCCUGAUGAUCCUCUAGCGAAUGAUGUUGCGGAGCAGUGGAAGUCCAAUGAAGCUCAAGCCAUAGAGACGGCCCGGACAUGGACCAGGCUUUACGCUCAAAACAACAUAGAAGUGUAGAAACCGUAAAACAAGCGGAAAGAAACUGAGCGGAAAGUCAGUGUGAGAACACAUUCCUUAUUUCUGCCAAGACCUCUUCUUCUUCCUACUUCAUUUGCAUUUAAAGGACACCGUCUUGGAGGAAAAAAAAGGUAUUAUUAUAAUAAAGUAAACAUUUAAGGAAUAUAUUAAAAAAAGAGGAAAAAGACAAGUAAAUUGGUGAUUUUAAAUGCACAUACGAGAGAAAAAAACAACUUGUCGUCUUUGUCCUAACUCACUACUGUUCAGAUGCAUGGGCAGCCAGGGUUGAGAUCUAACUCACUACUGUUCAGAUGCAUGGGCAGCCAGGGUUGAGAUCUAACUCACCACCUGGCUUUAUUUUCCAUUGAUUUGGGAGGAAACUGCCAACCUCUGCUUU